AUCCUGUCCAUGUUCGAGGAGAAUUACCCCGAGUCCCUCAAGCGCCUCUUUAUCGUGAAGGCCCCCAAGAUCUUCCCCGUGGCCUACAACCUCGUCAAGCACUUCCUGAGCGAGGACACCCGCAAGAAGGUCGUGGUCCUGGGAUCCAACUGGAAGGAGGUCCUGCAGAAGUACAUUGACCCCGAGCAGAUCCCGGUGGAGUACGGGGGCACUCUGACAGACCCUGACGGGGACCCCAAGUGCUCCAGCAAGAUCAACUAUGGGGGGGACGUGCCCCAGCACUAUUACGUGCGGGACCAGCUGGCGCAGCAGUACGAGCACACCGUGGUGGUCACCCGCGGCUCGUCCCACCAGGUCGAGUACGAGAUCCUCUUUCCUGGCUGUGUCCUCAGGUGA